CUGACCCGCAAAACGCUUUAUCAGUCUCUCGAGAUAAGCGGCGGGAGAAGCCUAAUCUGUCUCCUCACGUCUUUGCCGUCAACCAAUAUCUUUUAGUUUGCUUUAAUCGAAGAUUCUGAUGGCAUCAAAACUGCUGCAGUUGCAAUCUAAGGCCUCUGAAGCGUCCAAGCUUGUAGCCAAGCACGGAACUUCUUACUACAAGCAGUUGUUGGAGCAGAACAAACAAUACAUUCAGGAGCCACCAACAGUUGAGAAGUGCUACGAGUUGUCUAAGCAGCUCUUUUACACUCGCCUUACUAGUAUCCCUGGUCGUACUGAGUCAUUCUGGAAGGAGCUUGAUUAUGUGAAGAAUCUAUGGAAGAACAGGAAAGAACUGAAGAUUGAAGAUGCUGGUAUUGCAGCUUUGUUUGGACUGGAGUGCUUCGGAUGGUUCUGUGCAGGUGAGAUUGUGGGAAGGGGUUUUACCUUCACCGGCUACUAUGUCUAAGUGAAUGGAUGGUAUUUCAGGGACUUUGACGUGAAUGGCUUUAUCACUGUUCACAUAGUUGGAUUGUGGCCAACCCCUUGAUGAGUAUUCUUUUGUUGUUUUCAUGAAAUUUUUGAGCUGAGAAAUCAGUGGUUAAAGAGAUAGCCUAAUAAUUUUUAUAGUUGA